CCCCGGCGGCCUGCGCGGUUCCCCGGCGGCGCGCGCAGCCUGGGCAGCGCCGGUGGUCGCGGAGCCGCUGCCGUCCCGCCGGGCCGCACCCGCACCCGGCCCCGCAGCGCCCCGAGCGAGGCCGCGGGGUAUGAGGCCGGGCGCCGCCCCGUGAGGAGCAGCGGGCCCGCGGCGGCGCGGGGAGCGCGCGAGGCGCGGGGGCCGCCCCGCGGCAGGAAGCCAUUUUGUGGGCCCCCUCCCCCCCCCCUCCUCCUCCUCCUCCUGCUUCGCCGCCGCCCUCCUCCUGAGCGGCGCGGCCGGUGCUGCGGGCCGGGGCGGGCGGGCGGAGCCGAGGCGGGGGAGCCCGGUGAGUGAGAGCGGCGGCGGGGGAAGGGGCGAGCGGGGGCCCGGAGCGGGCGGCGGCGGCCGCCGCGCCUCCCCAUGGCGAAGAAAACCUACGACCUGCUCUUCAAGCUGCUUCUCAUCGGGGACUCGGGGGUCGGCAAGACCUGCGUGCUCUUCCGCUUCUCCGACGAUGCCUUCAACACCACCUUCAUCUCCACCAUCGGGAUAGACUUCAAGAUUAAAACUGUUGAGCUACAAGGAAAGAAGAUCAAGCUACAGAUAUGGGACACAGCAGGGCAGGAACGAUUUCACACCAUCACCACCUCCUAUUACAGAGGUGCCAUGGGGAUCAUGCUAGUAUAUGACAUCACCAAUGCCAAGAGCUUUGAAAACAUCAGCAAGUGGCUCAGAAACAUAGAUGAGCAUGCCAAUGAAGAUGUGGAGAGGAUGCUGUUAGGAAACAAGUGUGACAUGGAAGAUAAAAGAGUUGUCCCUAAAGCAAAAGGCGAACAGAUUGCUAGGGAGCAUGGUAUUAGGUUUUUCGAAACUAGUGCAAAAGCAAAUAUAAACAUUGAGAAGGCAUUCCUCACAUUAGCAGAAGACAUUCUUCGAAAGACCCCUGUAAAAGAGCCCAACAGUGAAAAUGUAGAUAUCAGCAGUGGAGGUGGGGUGACAGGCUGGAAGAGCAAGUGUUGCUGAACCUUCUCCUCUAUCACCAAUCGCCAUCCACCGCCCCUUUUUUCUCGCUGCGAAACAAACCACUCUGCCCGUUUUUAACCUUAAACCAAUGUUUUGUUCCUCAUCUUAACAAGCUCCUGUCUCCCUUUGGGUUUCCGUUUAGGACAGCUUGCCUACUAUAAUUUUCUCAACAACAUGUAUAGGAAAAUCAUCUCCGUGACUUCAUUUUUUUCAUGUACCUGCUCAACUUACCACUACAUUUUGGUUGUAUUAUAGUCCCGUUCCUCCUGACAUUAAAACAUAUAGCAAUCAUACUCAACUCUCUUCUGCAAAUUGUAUAAGAAUAAAAGUUAGAAUUAACAAUUUAUUUUGUACAACAGUGGAAUUUUCUGUCAUGGAUAAUGUGCUUGAGUCACCAUAUUCUCUAGAUGAAUCAGCAAAAGAGCCAGGAAAACACUCAUUUUUCGCCUUGAGUCUGUGAAUGGGGUUUAUUUUGUCCUGUGCCUUAUGUGGAAAGGAGCUUUUAUUUUAACUUUUUUUUUUUUUUUAACUUUAUUUUCUUCUGGUGGAAGCAUGUGCAGGAGACAUCCCAUCCAUACUUGACCAUUUCAAAAUACUGAACUCUUUUGUGAUUGCUUUCUGUAAUUGUUGGUGUCAUGCAUCGAGGACAAAGGGUGGUGCAAAAAAAAAAAAAAAAAAAAAAAAGAAUAAUGACAUUUAAUCUGCUGUGUCUCCUCUUUGGUGAUCUAGCCAUUCAGAGCUGUUCCUGCUGCCAUUUUCCCCCCCCCUCCUCACUCGCAGCUCUUUCCUUUUGCCUGCAUGCUGCUUUUAUUUGCAUUUCUUCAUGGUGUGAUGUGUUAAUAAAAAAGGAUGGCAACGUGGUAUGUUUGCCAAAAAUUUAAUACAAAGCACUGAUUUAGCUUUCAAGGUAAAGAUGUUGACGAUACCUACUAAUUUCCCUCUUAGCCAAUGUCCGUUCACUAGUAUCUCUCCUCUCUCCUCCUGCAUAGCCGUUGGGUUUUAUGAUAUGGAAGAGUUAUUUGCAUGCACUAGUUUUCUAUGGAGGGUGAUGUGGUUGUCUACUUUAUGUGUAUGAAUAUAACAUGCAAUUCCCAAACUGACAGCAGUUAACAUGAACUGUGUAAGUUCUCUUACUGUUAGCCACUCCAACACGUUGUCUGGUAGCCUAGCAAAAGGCUGAGUGAAACUAGAAUUUAAAGGAAAAAAAAAAAAAAAGUAAAAAAAAAAAGUUGGCAGUUUAAUUUAUUACCUCCCUGAAAACUUUUCCGUUUCCCGGUGUGAAAAGCCGAGUCAUUUGGUACUUGGGUCAGUCCUGCCCUCACUCCCAGUGGGGGGAUCCUGGCAGGGCUGCACAGCCUCCCUGGGAUUGCCUGGCUUUUCCAGCUCAGCCUCUGGCUUUGCUGGCAGCCCUAGUGUCACUCGUGGAUGCUUUGGGACAGGGUGGGGGUUGGGGACAGCCAGGCUGACUUUGCCGACUGCUCCUGGUGUGCAGGUUCCCUUUGCCUUGCCUUUCAAACACCAUGUAGGAGAACUGCUCCCACCAGGGGUGAAAUGAUUUUUAAAUAGAUGCUUCCUCCUCCCCAGGCCUCACGUUCUGCAACAUUGGAGGAGCUUGUGCCUCGCUCGUGUCCGCUCGGGUUUAGGACUGUCUUGGGUAAAAAAUUAAAGUAGUGAAUCAAGUUGAUACAAUGUUAAUGAAAUGAGGGUGUUUUAACAUCGAACUUCUAGUUUUGAACGGCUUCCUGUGUAGCAACUUUACUGAGGUGUCUCCCUUCCCCUCUGUAUUUUGGCAUUUCGUCUCCAUGUGUGUUAACCCUUCCCAGUCGAGUGGCUCUUGGGGUGGGGCAGGACACUGGGACCGGCGGAUAAAUGGGCACUGCUGCCCUUCCCAUUGUCCCACGCCUGUCUUGCCAAUACCUUCCCAUGGAACCUGCACUAUCUAACCUUAUCAAAAAGGGAAAAAAUGGAGAAAUAUACAUCAAGGGUUUGUUUCUUGGUUUUGGUUGGGUUUUUUUUUUGUAUAAUCCUUGUUUUAAAUGUGAGCUUUUUAUUUACUUCCAGGGGCUUGGCUCCCUCUGUAAAUCCCCCGGGAUCCUUUGUAGACACUGUGUUUGUUGUGAGCCCGCAGGUAGAGAUCAGGCCACUCGCUGGUACUACUAGCUCCCACCUCCAUUGCCUAUUCUCCUUACUGAGUUAAUAAACUGAAAUAUUUCUAGAUGGUCUAUUUCUGUUCGUAUAUAAAGCAAAAAAACAAAACCAAAACAAACCAAGAACUGGAUUUUAACCGCGUGGCUCGGCUCUGGUUUGUGGUGUGGAGCACAAGGCCCAGCCCAGGAGGAGCGAGCAACAGGAGUCGAUGCAGAAAAAAAAAUAAUGAUCAUGUUGGAGGAAUCUGCAGUAACUGUAUUUCUGCUGGUAUCUAAACUUCCUGCCUAGCUAGCAAACUAACUGCUUAUGAAACCUCUCCUUGGAAGACAAACACCCCCCUCCCCAGCCUUGCGCGUGGAAUAAAGCCUAAGGCCAGCCUAGGAAAGGAGGCAAAAGCUGCUCCCCCCCCCUGCACCAGCUCUGCCCGAGGCUGGGGGGGCUUUAGCCAACCCGGCCAGCGGAGGAAGGCUCAGCACUGCCUUUUUGUCAAGGCAAAAAGAAAUAAAUAGUAACUUGAUUCAAUUGGUCGUGAUGUGCUAAAACCCCAGGUUGAAUCUACCCUCCAAGUGUUCAGUGCUCCUGGAGCUGCCGGAGCCGUGGCCACGCGGGGCAGGGGAAGGGCAGCGCUUCGUGCUCUCCGACUCGGGUGGUAGAAAAAACAGCAUCAACUUAAGGUCUAGGAUUAAUUCCCAUGCCUACAAUUUUUUACUUAAUCUUUUAAUAUUUUUGCUACUCCACUCUGGCUUUUUAUUUAAAACACAUUCUUUUGUACCACUUACUGUAUCAAAUUGUAUAAAAGAUCACUGUCCCAUUCUUGGUCAUACCAAGAGCAAAUAAAAGCUUUUAUAAACUUGCA